UCCGCGCAGCGCGCCAUUGACUGUGAAGACCUUUCAACUUCACAAAAACUGAAAUUGACAAACGUUCUGUUGUGUGGAAACUUUGUCACGACGAGCGUAUCGCCACGAUUCGACAGGCGGGGAUCAUGUAUCGUGACGAAAUGACGGCAAAGGACUGAAUUAACGGGAGCAACGAUGGCUCGCCUGAGGCGGCAUUUUUCGUUUGUGAUUUUCAUGUAAAAUGCAGUUUGCGUUGUAGUUGACUCGCGCUCCGCGCGCUCCCAUUCGGCGUCUCUUAACUUACCUCACAGUCCCACCGCGCGACAUGGAUGAAUAUGAGGAGGAUCCGGGGCGCAGAGCGCGCAAACUGAUGGAGAAUCUUUCCAUAUUUGACGUUUUCCCGGACGGCUUGUACGGAGAGCCGAACCCGGACGCGGAUUUUAAGUCCGCCGUGCUACCUGGUCAGAAAAGUAAGCGAAUGAAUGGCAGCUCCUCUCACGCGCCUCACCAGCACAGUCACACGCCCGGGAACAAAGUCUACGGCGCGGCUCCGGUGCGCUCCGUUAACGGGAACCGACCCUCAGUGCCUAUGGAUUUCUGUUCUCCGCAAAUGGAAGCGGUUUAUCCCUCUCCCGAUGCGUACUGCACCAAAUCCGAAGUUGCCUUGCCGUGCUACAGCGGCGCGUCGGACCGGCUCAGGAGAUACACGCACGCGGAUGCACAGGGACACAGAUACAGCACCGGCUGCGCGUACGACGGGCUCGUGCUGGGCAAACAGAUGACCGUUUCGGGCGUGAGGAGCAACAGUAUGUGCAUGGGCAACCCUGAUGGCAGGUACAUAGCCACAAGUCCCCGGUCCAGUUUGGCCUCGUCGCACUCCUCUCAAGAUCAGAGCAAGCACACCAGCCCUCGGUCCAGCAUCAGCAGCCCUCGGUCCAGCCUCGUGUCACCCGGACAGGAGAAAUACGGCGAGGGGAACAGUGUCAUCAGCCCUCGGUCCAGCUACGCGAGCACGGCCAGUGACACUAGUAAACAUUCCAGUCCCAGGACCAGCCUCAACAGCUACGAUUGCGGGAGCAAACCGAGCAGCAACCGAACCAGCGGCAUCAGCAUGGGCUACGAUCAGCGACACAUUAGCCCCAGGUCCAGCACCGCUAGCCAGUACUCCAGUACCACGAGCCCGCGCUCCAGCUACUCGGAUUCGCGUUUCACGCCCGCGGGUAACCACGACCCGGAGGUCGCCGCAAUGCACUGCAUGCCAGUGACCAGCCCCCGGUCCAGCAUCUGCAGCCAGGACGGGGGUGCGCGACCCGCUGGUGCGGCCAACUGCGUGGUCAGCCCCCGGUCGAGCAUAUCCAGCCACAGCUCCAGGAGUUCUCGGAGCUCUCGGGGAUCCAUGAGCGCGUAUCCCGAGCUCCAGCUGCCCUCACCGCGGUCGUCCAUGCUGGCAACCGGCUUACCGGAGGACGCGCUGCUGCAGGACUUCCCAGAGCCGAACGGCCUCCAUAACAACCGUGUGCACCUCCAGACGUUCCCGGUGCUGGAAGAGCCACAGCAGCAGAAUUCGGACGUGAAUGUGCAGUUUAACUACGGGAAAACGGGCGCAGCUGGUCAGCGCUUUAAGUUGCCAUGCCAGGUGACUCCAUCCCGGGAGAGUGGUCCCAGUCAGGCGGAGAGGCGCCUGGAGGCCCUCACCCUGGAGCUGGAGAAAGAGCUCGAGAUGCACAUGAAAAAAGAAUAUUUCGGUAUCUGUGUAAAGUGUGGUAAAGGUGUGUAUGGAGCGAGUCAAGCAUGUCAGGCCAUGGGAAAUCUGUAUCAUACUAACUGCUUCACCUGCUGCUCAUGUGGACGGAGACUGCGAGGGAAAGCUUUCUAUAAUGUUAAUGGAAAGGUUUACUGUGAAGAAGACUUCCUGUAUUCUGGGUUCCAGCAGACGACAGAAAAAUGUUUCGUAUGUGGACACCUCAUCAUGGAGAUGAUCCUUCAGGCUCUGGGUAAAGCCUAUCACCCAGGCUGUUUUCGGUGUGUGGUGUGUAAAGAGGGUCUGGAUGGUGUCCCUUUUACUGUAGAUGUGGAUAAUAACAUCUACUGCGUGAAAGACUAUCACACGGUUUUUGCUCCCAAAUGUGCCUCAUGUAACCAGCCCAUUCUACCAGCACAGGGUUCAGAGGAAACCAUACGUGUGGUGUCUAUGGAUAAGGAUUAUCAUGUGGAAUGCUAUCACUGUGAGGAUUGCGGUCUGCAGUUGAAUGAUGAAGAGGGGCAUCGCUGUUACCCGCUAGAUGGUCAUCUGCUGUGUCACCGAUGUCACCUACAUCGGUUAAAGAGCCCUUUAUCUGCCCACCCACCCCCAAGUUAUCCUCUCCACGUCACUGAACUGUAAACACACAGGCUCCUGCAGGACAACACAUAAGAGUUAAUGACAUCACCCGCUCGCCCUCAGAAAAAGAGAGAGAUCAUCAUGUCUGUCCUACCCUUAAACACCUCUUUUCCCACACGUUUAGGGUUCAUGAGACACACGGGUCUCUUCAAAUAUUUUCAUACCAAUCAUCUUCUCUUUACCAUGGGGCUUGACUUUCCUCAUACACACAGAUUAGAGAUCUGUUGGGGGAGCGGAGGGCCGUGUGGUCCCGGUGUGAGAAACAAGGGCGCCAUGGGCCUUAUGAAUAUGUUACCCAUGUUACUACUAAUAAAAAUGAUCUUUGGCAUGGGUCAACCCCCUGGUGAGGAUAACUGAAGACACUGAACUCUUAACACAGCACUGAAUGUGAAACAGACUUUUUUGUGCCUUCAUCAAGAACCUGCAUAAAUCAGGACAUCGCUCACUCACUGCCUUUGACUUAAAAAAUAUCAUUCACCCAAAAAUCAUUAUUUAACACCCUGAAGCCCAUAUGCUGUUUUCUCCUGCGAAACACAUCAGUAGGUUUAUUACGCACAGUAACCUGUCGGAUGAAUAUAGCACACAAGACAUACGGAUUAUGAUCAAUGUAAAGGUCAAAGGUUGUUUUACAGAAAAGAGCCGAUGGUUCUCGAUCUUUACUGUUCCGCAGAUGAAUCGGCACGGGAGUGGAAGGAAACAUGGACAGAAUUCCUUAAAGCACAGAAUAAAUGCAUAAAACUGUCAGCACUGCACAUAUUUCAAAAUAUACUUUCUGGAUAGGGUCAGAUAGGUUGUUACCGUCUGACAUCAGAAUGGACUUCUCAGACGCUGCUUUAUGUCUGGACGAGUGCUGUGAAACCGCUGAAGCGUCAGGUGCCUUCCUGCCUCAAAUAUUUGAGCAGACACACGGUUUUGUGUCUCAGAAGGGACCGAAGAGGUUGCUGAUGUAAACAGAGGUCAGUGCUCUUGCCUGGAUGUGCUGGACUCAACCAGGCAAACCAAUGACCUUCUGUUUAUUGUUCCAACUGUGAGGUUGUCUUGUGUGUGUGACAGUGUCGUAACCAGGUGCGAUGUCAUGAAGCAGACAGGGUUUUUCGGUGGCUCCUAGUGGUCCGAGUUUCCCCUGGAUAUGGAGAAUAACAGGGAUUGUUUAAAAUGUGAUUUCCAUAACAUAUAUUUUAAAAUUCUGGUAGUUUCUGAACUUUGCUUUUCGGGUAGACAGAUAAAUGACCUGCCACAUCGCACCUAGUUAUGACAGUGUGAGAAUGUGUGUGUGUUCAUGUAUACUAGUGGCAGGGCCACUGUGUGUGUGUUUGCUCAUACUUGUCAUAUAUAUGCAGUGACCACAAAAAAAACUUCAUACAGUUGUGCCACAUUUAAAAAUGUCAAAAUAUCAUUGCAUAAAAUAUCUGAACAGGUGUCAUUCAUUUAAAAGACAUGCAACAGAAGCAAAACAUUUUGAACUUGUUCACACUGUCAGUUUUAAUCAAAUUUUUGUGCAUAUCCGUAUGACUGACUGUCCACACUGUGUAUCACAACUGUUCAGGUCUGAUUUGUGUAAAGCAUUUUCUUUUUCCAGAAUAGCUGCAUUGGUGGCAAUGACGUUGGUGUGAAAUAGGUGUGCUCGAUUUAAUGCGGCACUGGGCAGAUUUCUUCACUCGCACAUCGACAACAACACAACAACCUUGCAUCUGACUUGCUUACGUUUUAUGUGGUGUGUCAACACGAAGAAAAACGUAGGCUAUGUUUACAAUGCAGGUGAAUUUUGCCCAAAUGUGACCAUUAUUUGAUUUUCUUAUGACAGUUUGAACAGCACAAAUCUGAUUUUUUCAUAAAGGACCCAGACCACUUUUUAUAUGUGGUCCCAAAUCGGAUAUAUAUCUGAUGUAUAGGGGGUAUGCAUUGAUGUCACAUUUCCACGUGACCACGCCGGAGCACUCUGUUGAGUGGCAAACGUUCAACAAAAUGGCUGGUUUUCAUAGCGGCUGCUGCGCAAAUGCUAGUAAAACUGACUAUUAUCAGCUUAAAUUGAAUUUAGUUGGACUUGAUAGCAGAGGGGCAAUACUUAGUUACAAUAGUUACAUUUUCCAAGCAUCUGUCAUUUAUUAGGUUGUUUGUAUUGGGAAAAACUUUACUUUACUACAUUCUAAAGCAUAGAAUCAUGCUGUGUUUUCUUUUAUAUUGCAUAUUCAAAUUUAUUUAAUACCUAAUUACAUUAAAAUUGUGUAAUUUUACUUGAGUAAAAGUAUGUUAAUUAAAUAUUAAAUUUA